UCUAUCGAUCUAAUAAUCACUUUAGCAACAAUACAAGAAACUAUCAAACAAAUAAAAUCUUUCCCCUUAUAAUUAUCUAAUAUAUGGACAUAUUCCACAAAGCCAAGGUUGUAACACUCAAGAGCCAUAUAGAUAAGUACUUAGUAGCCGAUGAUGAUCAAGAAACCACCCGUCAAAGCCGGCGCAACGACUCGUCGAGUCGAAAGUCAUGAUGGCUAGUUGAGCUUGUUAGCGGAACUAGCCACCUUAUUCGACUCAAGAGUUGUUAUAGUGGCAAAUACCUCAUGGCUUCUGAAGAACCAUUUCUACUUGGCAUGACAGGUAAUAAAGUGAUUCAAAGUUAUAGUAAUAAUGAUUUGAGAAUCGAAUGGGAACCAAUAAGAGACGGAUUUCAAGUAAAGUUAAAGGCUUUUGGUGGGACGUUUUUACGGGCGAAUGGAGGUAUGCCACCGUGGACGAAUUCGGUUACACAUGAUAGUCCGUACACCGGUUCGACACAUAAUUGGAUUUUGUGGAACGUGGAAAUAGUCGAUGUAUCGGGAAACGAAAUAUCGAUGAUAGGUUAUUCAUCAGUAUCGAGUGUUUCAUCAAUUUCCGAUGAAGUUUCCGGCUUGGAAAUGAGAUCUCCGGCUAUGUCGAUACGUUCAAGUUUUUCAUCUUCACCUAAAAUAUCUAUGAGUUGUUUGAAGAAGAAAGCAGAAGAAAUGGAUCUAUUUUACAAAGCAAAAGCAGUAAGGCUAAGAAGUUAUCAUGAAAAAUAUUUAACAGCAGAGGAAGAUGAAGAAACAGUGAUUCAAGAUCGUGAUGGAGCUUCAAAAAAUGCAACUUGGACUGUUGAAUUCGUAAAUAAUGCUGAAAAAUUCAAUACCAUUAGACUCAAAAGUUGUUAUAACAAGUAUCUUACUGCUUCAAAUCAGAGAUUUUUAUUAGGUAUGACAGGGAGGAAGGUUCUACAAACUCUGCCACAAAGGCUUGAUUCUUCAGUUGAAUGGGAACCCAUUAGAGAAGGGAACCAAGUGAAGCUUAGGACAAGAAAAGGUCAAUUUUUGAGGGCUAAUGAUAGUAUUCCACCAUGGAGGAACUCAGUAACACAUAAUAUCCCACAUAGAACUUCAACACAAGAUUGGGUUUUGUGGGAUGUUGAUGUUGUUGAAAUCUUGGUUCAUUCACCAGUUCCUAAAGAACCUCCACCUUUGGUUUAUCAUGAUCAAGAAGAAGAGACUAAUUGGGGUUCUGAAUCUACUUCACCUUCAUCUACUCUUUACUCUGCAUCAGCACAAAGCUUUUCUAGACAAGAGUCGGGUGAGUUUAUGGCUAGUUCGUUAAUGAAAUUUGGAGACGGGAGGCUGAUUUAUUAUCACAUUGCUAAUGAAUAUGGAGAAAUCAAUGAUGGAGUAGAAGGUUUAUGUAUUCCUUUUAAGGGAAAUAGUGUUGAGGAGCUGACGAAGACAUUGGAAGAAGAAACUGGACUCGAAGACAUUACUGUGUGUACAAAGAGUUCUUUGAAUGGGAAACUUUACCCUCUUCGUUUGCAGCUUCCUCCCAACAACGCAAAUAUGGAUGUCGUUGUUGUGCCAUCCGGCCUCAUCUAAAGUAGCUGGAGAUUUUGCAAAUGCAAGGAUGUCAAUGUAGAGCAAAUUUGAUUGCAUUAUACAUCAAAGGGUGCCUACAUAUGUCUAGUGUUUUGAUAUUGAGUGAGUUGAUAUUACAACGAGCCCUCCAACAAGCAGAAUAGAAGUUGAUCACAAGGCCAUCUCGGGGGAGGUCCUGAUAUCAUAAAGCAUAUUGGACAAACUAUACUUAUAAAGCAUGCAUAUAUAUAUAGACAUAUAUUUGGUUUGUGAAUUCUUUUAAUUUUCCCAUUGUGGGGUACAAGGGGGGGGGGGGGGGGAUUGUUUAAUUACUUGAAUUGAUUCAUUUUUGCAGCUAUAGUUUGAUUGUAAAUUAUUUAUCUAAACUUCCUUUUGAUUGCCUUAGAAUGAAUUGCAUAAAUGUCAAACUUUUAUGUCC